AUCACGAACCUACCGAAUAAUCCUGCCUACAACGCUAGCAAGGCGGCUGUCAUGAAUCUCGCCGGGCGUAGGUCACUUCACUUGAGGAACAUGGUCAUAUGGGUGUACUUUCUGGCCCCUGGUUGGGCCUUUACCGAAGUCUCGGGCUCAAAGUCUGACGCGGAGAAGUCAGUGGCCGCGUAG